ACAUUAAACUCUUACAUAAUGACUGCAUGAGUUUGAAAGCACCAACGACACCUGACUCACAGUGGAGGACUGAAGAGGAGGCUACUGUAGAUCAUGUCAUGAUCAUGGAUAACACUUCUUACAUAACAAUGUUGACACUUUCAGGGUUGAGCGGGGAGACCACCAACAGAAUGGUUAUUUUCUCCCUCACUCUACUUUGCUACUUUCUGAUUCUGAUGGUUAACAUUUCCCUGGUUCUGACCAUCAUCUUGGACCACAACCUCCACCAACCCAUGUAUAUCUUUGUGUGUAACCUGUGCCUCAAUGCUCUUUAUGGAACUGCCGGUUUCUACCCCAAGUUCCUGCUGGACCUGCUCUACUCUCGCCACGUGAUCUCGUUUGGGGGUUGUGUGGUGCAGAGUGUGGUCAUAUAUUCCUCAGUUUGCAUUGAAUAUUCUAUCCUUGCACUGAUGGCCUAUGACAGGUAUGCUGCAAUAUGCCGACCACUCGAUUAUCACUCUCUUAUGAAAAAGCAGAACGUCUGUCUGCUUACAUGCUCCUCCUGGAUUAUUCCUUAUUUAAUGGUACUUGUUGCUCUGAUAAAAACAUCAACAUUGAAAUUAUGUGGCUCGCACAUUGAUAAACUCUACUGUGCCAGUUGGUUGAUUGUUAAAAUUGCUUGUUCUCCUGGUCUGACAAACGCUGUUAUGGGUUAUAUUACCAUCAUUGUUUAUUGUUUUCAUUUUGUUUAUAUUUUUAUGUCGUACUUUUAUCUGGUCAGAACAUGUGUGAAGUCGAUUGAAGGUCGAAGAAAGUUCAUGCAGACUUGUUUGCCACAUUUAGUGAUUCUGCUCAAUGUGAUCGUGGCUGUGUUGUUUGAUGUAAUGUUUAUGCGAUUUGGUUCAGCAGAUGUGUCGCCAAUGAUUAAAAAUGCAUUAUCACUCGAGUUUCUUAUAAUACCUCCUAUUGUCAACCCACUAAUAUAUGGUAUUAUACUUACCAAAAUUCGUAAUCGAAUUAGGUUUAUUUUGUUUCACAAGAAAGUUACAAGAUAA